GAGAGGGUGGGGUCGCGGAGCCGAGGGCGAGCCAGUGAGCGGGGUCUUCGCGGCUUCUGGGUCAGGUUCCAGUGUCUGACUUUUCCAAACUCCGUCUGUGUGGGGAGAGGACGUGAGAUCAGUACCUCUCCCACCACGCGUGGGGCGGUAAAAGACGGCUCCUUUAAUGGAAAUACUGCCCUCCCGGCGCGGAGAACACCCGCUGCGGGCGAGCGCGGGACGCGUGGCCGUGCUGCAGCGUCCUACAAAACCCAAGAGGGCAGGCACCGACCUAGUCCCGGCUGCAGGGGCCCCGAGUCUCCUGUUGACUGGGCACAUUGGCCCUACCCGGACCUCUUGAGGGUGUUGAGCCGGGGCCUGAGGGAAGUAGGCUUCCCUUCCAACCCUUCGAAAAGGGCUUUUCGCCCCUGGCCCUAACUUUCUUUGAAAAGGAAGUGGGCUCUUCAGCUUUUUGCAACUGUUAAAACAUGCGAUCUUAUGGGCAAAGAACUGUCUAACAACUGAUCUUUUGUUUCAUAUAAAAAAUUAUUCACGUUCUAGGAGAGAGUGGAUUUGAAUUUUAGUGGACUCAGUGUAGCAAAACUUAUUCAGCUACUGGGCACGCUCAUCCCGACAGCUCCGAGAAUGUGACGAUACAGUUCUGGGCUGCUGCUUCAUAGAGAGCGCUUCUUCUGGCAAGUUCUGUCUUCCUUGGCUAUUAUGGUUUGUGUACCUAUGAUUUAAUUUCAGGUGUGGAUUUUGAUCAGGGCCUGAGCACCAUGUGGACCGCGGAUGAGAUUGCCCGGCUGUGUUACGAGCACUAUGGAAACAGGCUGCCUAAGCAAGGGAAGCCUGAGCCCAACCGCGAGUGGACGUUGCUCGCAGCCGUGGUGAAGAUACAACCCACAGCUGGCCAGGCCUGCGACCGCUCUGACGGACCAGUGCAAGUGACAAAGGAAGUUGUCUCAAUGGGAACAGGAACUAAAUGCAUAGGCCAGUCCAAAAUGAGGAAGAGCGGUGACAUCCUCAAUGAUAGCCAUGCUGAGGUCAUAGCCAGAAGGAGCUUCCAAAGGUACCUGCUCCAUCAGCUCCACUUGGCAGCUGCCCUGAAGGAGGAUAGCAUCUUUCUCCCGGGAUCUCAGAGAGGACUGUGGAAACUCAGACCAGACCUCCUGUUUGUGUUUUUCUCCAGCCAUACACCCUGUGGGGACGCCUCCAUCAUUCCAAUGCUUGAGUUUGAAGAUCAGCCUUGCUGUCCUGUCAGUAGAGAUUGGGCCAGUAACCCAUCAGUAGAAACUAAUGAUAACCUAGAAGCUCCUGAAGAUAAAAGGAAAUGUGAAGACCCAGAGAGUCCUGUGACUAAAAAAAUGAGGCUGGAGCCCAGGACUCCUGAUGGCACAGCUCACCAUCAGAGUUUUGGCAGUCAGGAAAGGGGCCCAAAUCCACCAAACGUCAACAGCUCUCAUCUCACAGCAGAGGAACUGGCCACUGUCACUGGAAUGACCCCUAGUGGUGCCAGAGUGGUGGACGUUUAUAGAACUGGAGCCAAAUGUGUGCCUGGAGGAGCUGGAGACUCAAAGAAGCCUGGCGCUGCGUAUCACCGGGUGGGGCUGCUCCGAGUGAAGCCAGGCCGGGGGGACAGGACUUGCUCCAUGUCCUGCAGCGACAAGCUGGCACGGUGGAACGUCCUCGGAUGCCAGGGGGCACUACUGAUGCACUUCCUAGAAGAACCCAUCUACCUUUCAGCUGUGGUCAUUGGAAAGUGCCCAUGCAGCCAGGAGGCCAUGCAGAGAGCGCUGUUUGGGAGGUGUCAGAACGUCUCAGCUCUACCAGAAGGAUUUGGAGUUCAAGAAGUGAAAAUACAGCAGUCAGAUUUACUGUUUGAACAGAGCCGCUGUGCCGUGCAGACGAAAAAGGCUGACAGCCCAGGCCGACUUGUUCCUUGUGGUGCAGCCAUCAGCUGGAGUGCAGUGCCUGAGCAGCCCCUGGAUGUCACCGCCAAUGGCUUUCCCCAGGGGACAACAAAGAAAGGAGUCGGACGCCCUCAGGCCAGAUCCCGAAUCAGCAAAGUAGAGCUCUUUAGAUCAUUCCAGAAGCUGCUAAGCAGUAUUUCAGAGGACAAGUGGCCAGACUCACUCAGGGCCCCAGCUGCAGACGUGUGUGAUCUGAGAUGUGACAGGUGCAGAGUUGGUGGGACAGAGUCACAGAGCCUGCGCACAGAAUUGGGGCCUGGCCCACCCCGGGUCCUGCUUUAUUCCACCUCCAGAUGGAGAGCGCUGUGAAAAUGGGAAUGCUGAGGUGUCAGUGUAUUCUGUUUGGAAUAUUAUUCUCUUUUUCUUUUCAAUCAGUGGCUGUGAACUAAAGCUCGUUGACUUAAAUUACUUUUCAAACAGGAAUGUAGAGACUAUAAAACCACUUCAUGAGCAGGUGGGUGGAUGGAAUUCAGAUGCUAACAGAGUUAGGCCAAAUCUCACUGGGUAAGGGCACAGUCCCCAAAAACUGACCUCACUUGGUAAUACCAGCUGCAUUCUAGGGGGCCCCAAAGCCACUUACGCUUCUGACCAACUGACUACAAACUCAGGUUCCAACUACCCCCUCAGGUUCAGUAAUCACUAGAAAAACUCACAGAACUCAGGAAGGCACCAUACUUUCAAUUGCCUUUUAUUGUAAAAGAUACAAAUAAGGACCAGAUAAAAGAAAGGACAUAUAGGGCAAGGUCUGCAAAGGUAUCCAACCUGCUACUGCUGUGUCCCCAGGAUGCACCACCUGCCAUGUCACCCCAGCAUGUCACUGUCUGUCACCAACCAGGAGCCUGACGCACGUUUUAGUGCCCAGAGUGUUUAUUGGGGUUUCAUCAUCAAGCAUGAGUUAUGGAAUCACUGGCCACACAAUGUGACUGAACUCAAUCUCUACCUUCUCCUCUCCCCACCCCAGGAUGUCAGAUAUCAGAUGACUCAGGGCCCCAGCUUUCUGAUCUCAUGGUUGAUCUUUCAGCCACAGCCAGCGCAUCCUGAAACUAUCUAGGGCCCACCAUGAGUCACCUCAUCAAGCAAAAAGUUGAGAUCCGAGGGGUGCACCAUGAAUAACAAAGACACUCCUAUCAUCAAGGAAGUUCUGAAAGUUUAGAGGUUCCCUCCCAGGAACUGGCAACAAAGACCAGCCAAGUUCUUUUUUAUAGAACAGUGGGGAAGCCAAGGAGUAGCUAGACACUUCCAUAUGAAGAGGCUACUACCUGUUUUCAUCAUGUAUCCUGCAGUCAGUGUCGAUGCCCUCCAGUCAUCCAUGGUCAGUUUGCUUGUUUCUUGUCUGGAAGAGUCAAUCAGAUUGGAGCUGGGUAGGUUACUAUAUGUUCUAUGCGUUAAAACAAAUCUGGACUUAGGUAAGGAGAGACCUCAUUUGAAGGCUUUGUUGCAAGAAGAGACGGGGCCUGUUUCAGUAGGCGGAGAAGGACUAAUGCAGUAGCAAGAGCAUCACAAUCUUAAGGUCUGUAAGCCUCUGGAAGAGCAGGUGCAACGGAGAAGUUCUGUCUAAGCAAAGUUAGAGCUGGAAAUGGGGGAGUGGGGUGAACAGGUAGUGUGACGGGACCAUUGAACAGGAAGUGUCGGUCCUCAGGAGGGGCUGUUAAAAGAAAGGGUUGUUAAACCUGCCUACACUGGCUCAGGCAGAGAGUGACUCAAAGUUCAGGGAUCUGCAGGAAGGAGAGAAGCAUAACUGGUAAUUAAUAUUUGAUUAAAUUAGCAGGCAUGUUGACUAGAUUUCGUCAGUGGGUACAAACAGUUCAGCUAAUCAUUAAGAGACAAAGAAUGGGUGUUUGGAGGGUCUAUGUCUGGCCUUGUCACAGGUAAACCAGGGGGGCAUCCAUGAAUCUAAGUAAUGAAGAAAGGUGGUUCUUUCCAGUCUGCCAUUUCCCACAACACAUAAAUAUAGGAGGGAGGUUUCUUAACCAUUGCUUGUUUUAGGAACUGAGGGCUCAGGUCAAGUUUAACAUUGUCAUGCAUGUAACUCCCAUCCAUUAACCAGGGAAAAGCUGUGGGAAAUUGAUCAAAGGAUUAGAAUCAGUGUCUGCUACAAUUAGCAACUCUGUUACAAUUAGCUCUGUGCUGUAGUGAGUGAAGAAACAACUUGGGUCUCCUAAGAUCUUGGCAAAGAAGGAAAGAAUAGAAGCAGGGUAAAACCUGAAUCAAUGAGAUAUGAGCCUCAGUUUCUUCAACUAUGAGAUGACAAGGACAUAGUUCAAGGUCAGAGUUGGGUCAAGAAGAGGACUUUGAGAAGCCUGACUCAAGUCUGAGCAAAGGAAAGAAUCUUGGUCUCAAGAAAAUCUUUUUAUCUGGGUGUAAGUAAGACAUUACUCAGCACAUUAGCCUUUCUUCAGCAGUCAGAGACACUGAAGGAUUUGGGAAGGGUGUUGGCUUUCAUUACUCAGGAGAAUAUGACUAAGGUGAAAAGUACUUUGGGAAAAUGCAGUUGAGAAGUUUCUAACAGCUCAAUCCUGACGGUGAAGAUUAUAGCCACGUAGAAAACUUUAAACCAAGUAGUAGAUAGUUAUUCCUUUUUAUCUGAUUCCACCAGGACCGAAAAAAGGGAAGGAAAAAGAAAAAACAGACUAGUAUUCUGUUUAUUUUUACCUGUUUUAAUCCCAUGUUGUUUUGUAGUGACUUUCCUACAAAGGAGCUAAGAGUCACUCUAGGACAGCAUAACAGAAUCCUUCCGUUCCUAAGUGUCCUGUAAUAAAUGUGUCUGGCCAGUCGCUGAGGUGUCUUGCUGGCAACAGGGGCGAGCUGUCCAGUGAGAACGUGUGUGCUUGGUGGUGUGUGUGCAUUAGGGCGCAGAAGCUGGCAACAUACCAAGACUACAAGGAGGCUGCAUCCACUUACCAGCAGGCCUGGAGCGCACUCCGGAAGCAGGCAUUUG